UCUCGCUCCUGAUUCCCUCCAAAAAUGUCAGACGCUCUUGCUCAGCAAAUCUCCCUCUUCCGCUCUCUAAUCAAGUCCAGAAGAUUCGACGACGCGACUCUUCGAAUUCUCGAAUCGGUUCUGGUUUCCAAAUCUGUGAAAUCGCUGAAGGAAGUCGAAUCGAGCUUGAGAGCGCUUUUGAGAUCUGAAUCUCUCUCCACCAUUCGCGAAAUCGCGGAGAAACCUGUCGGUCAGAAGCUUUUGGUUCUUGAAUUUUUCGUCCGUGCUUUCGCUCUAAUAGCCGAUGUUGAGAGUUGCUUGGCUUUGAGAUACGAGGCCUUACAUAUGCGGGAACUCGAGUCUGCAAGUUGCCAAUGGCUAGAAGUUUCGUAUUUGGAAUGGCUAAAUUUUGCUGAACACUCGCUGGAUAAUGGAUUCUAUUCUAUUGCUGGAAAGGCAUGUGAAAAUGCACUAUUAUGCCUUACAAGGGAUAUUGCAGACCCCAAAGUAGAUGAAUUCUUUGAAAAUGUACAAGUUUUGGAAAAAAUAAAGAGACUUAAAGAUUUUGCAAUGACAUCAGCCGCUUCAUGCUCUGUUCAGGCGCAGGCUGCAGAGUACUUGAAAAAGAAGAGCACCGAGAAGCGCAAAAUAAAUCCUUCAUUUUGUACAGAGACACGAUGUGUUGCAAGCACUAUGUUCAGUAAUGGAAUUAAGAGGAGGAAUGUACAAAAAUUGCACGAGCUGCAACGAACUGCCUGUGCAUCACACACCAUUCAACUUUAAGGUCAUUGCUCUCUGUUCCCUUCUCUUUUUGUUUUUGUUUUCGUUUUUAGUUUUUAUUUUGGGGCCAGAAUUGCCAGUUUUAUUAUUCUCAAAGUUUGUUUCACAAGCCCCUAUGACUGGAUACGAACUACAGGUUGGCCUUCAAUGCAAAUAUUUUGCUGGAAUAGUUCCCUACUCUUUCAAAAUUUAAAGGGCAAGUUAAUUUCUCACUGGGUUUGCACUCCACGGUGAUCUCCCUGGCACCUUCUUUGCUUCUUGAAUGUAAUGACACAUUAUUUGGAUGCCUUUCGUUCAGUUCAGCUGCGCAUUUCUUUUUCAGUGGGCCGGAUCAUUCAUAGGGUUGGGACACUGUUUUUUAACUGCUAACACUUUCAGCCGUCUACGUCAAAAAUCCAACCCAUUUCUUAUGGUUAUAGUCCCGUUUCUCCCGUACUCCUUCAACUUCAAUCCAGAUGCUUUUUAGCAGUUCGAAGAGCAUGGUUAAUCUAACAUAGGAUUAUGAUUAUCUCCCCCCUCCAAAGUAAGAUAUAGCAUUUACAAUAAUUAGUUGAGGAAUUAUGGAUCUAAACAUAUUUGGUCACAUAAUUCCUCGACCAAAAGGUUGAGAAGAGGGCCGCCUUGAAAAUAGUUUGUGAUGAUGUCCGAUGAUUCGACAACUGAUAAAAAAGUUACACUAUCAAUGAUUGCGAUGAGACAAUCGAUGAAGAUUACCUUUCUCACAUAUUUGGACAAAGUACUUUAUUGAGUAAGGAGGUUGGGGGCGCAUGUGCCUCACGUGCUAGCAGA